AUGUCGGCUCUCACACCCCUCCGCAGCGCCUUGCGCACUCCGGCAGCCGCUCGCAUAUCCUCCCCUCUCGUGAGCAGCAGCGUGCGGAGAUUCCAAACGCACCGUCCCGCCCGCAUGGCCUACAAGGACAGCCAGGACAGGGAGUCACUCAAGCCCACGACCCACGAGUAUACGGAGUCGGGCAGCGACGACCAGGCCGCGGCCAACACGGACGCUGCCUUCAACCGGCACAAGACGAGCCCCGAGGCGGAAAAGGAUACAGCAGGCCAAGCGCCCACAGAGGGCGCAAAUAACCCGCUGCAAAACAGCCCGGCCGACGAGAGCUUCGCUAAGGCCGGCCAGCACCCUGGCGAAGACAAGACGCAUGGCGGCAAGAAGAAGAGCAGCGGCCAUGGUAGCCCGCCCAAGGGAAAGAAGGUCUAG